AUGUCAAACGAGAAACAAGCAGACAUGUCGAAACUCUCUACGUCGCUGAAAGCGCUCAUCAAUGCGCCGUUUGCUAAGCCAGGUCCUCGUCCGGCGCCGCAACAAGUGCAGGAGUUGUAUGAGGCCAUCGCAAAUGAUGCUGCGAUUAGGAACCUCGGCCCAAAGUCGUGGCUAACAGUCUCUGCUGCUGCGACAUUUACGCUCAACUCUCCCGAUUCAUUACCUGUUCUUCAUCGCGUCGCGUCCGCAAAAGAUCCCAACUCUGCCGUCCAGAAUGCCGAGUUCAUCCGAGAAGUCGGCCUCAAGUGCAUCAGCUUCAACGGCAUCCCACGAACGAUCAAUUCCCUAAACGCCUUCCACGCAUCGCUCCCCGAAGACGUAACUUCCAAACUCUCCACGAAACCAAGCCGACAACGGUCCUCGCAAAACAUCGACGAGGGCGUUGGCGCGCGACCAUACGAGGAUAAGCUCUUCGAGAAGCUGGCGCUCGCGCAUCCCGAUCUACCCGUUUAUAUCCUAAGCAGUCAUUACUCUGCUCUUCUGUCCGAUCCUCCUGCUUCGCAGCGCGAUACACUUGCUAGUCUUGGACGGGUUCAUACCUCUAUGAUUGCUAUUUCUUGUCUACGGGCGCAGACUGGUGUUGGACCGCAGGUGCUGUCGCAUGUGUUUGGUUUGAGAAAGGCGCUUGAGGAUGGGUCGUAUAAGAAUGAUCAGGAUGGAGAGAGUGAAGAGGCGGUGCAGUAUUUGGCUAGUGAUGAGGGUGGGCAUUGGAUCUUGAAUACGGUGGAUAAGAUUGUUGAGGCCAUUGGUGGAAGCAGCUUUGCGCCGGGCAGAGAUUCGAAGCUGUGA